GAUUGGCUGUUGCUAAUAACUCUACGGUGACAUCAUCACCAGCAAACCGGAACUAACUGAGGUCCUCGGAGCUCAACGAAGAUUGAAGCGUCUGAGUUGUCUGUCAUCUAAAUACCUAAAGCAGACAUGUCUGACUUCUCAGAGGACCAGAUCAUGGAGUUCAAGGAGGCCUUCCUGUUGUUUGACCGAACAGGCGAGGGAAAGAUCACCUACAGCCAGUGUGGUGACGUGAUGCGAGCCCUGGGACAGAACCCAGUCAAUGCUGAAGUGCUCAAAGUCCUUGGAAACCCCAAGUUAGAAGAAAUGAACCACAAGAUGCUGGAUUUUGAACAGUUCCUGCCAAUGCUUCAGGCCAUUGCUAAGAACAAGGACCAGGGCUCCUUUGAAGAUAUCGUGGAGGGUCUACGUGUCUUUGACAAGGAGGGAAAUGGCACAGUGAUGGGAGCAGAGCUGCGUCACGUCCUCACCACACUAGGUGAGAAAAUGACAGAAGAAGAGGUGGAGACUCUUUUAGCGGGACAUGAAGACGCCAACGGCUGCAUUAACUAUGAAGAACUCGUCCGGAUGGUGAUGAGCGGUUGAGGGUUCCAGAAACACACUUCCAGCUUGAAUUUUAUUCCUGAAUACUGUUUGUAUUGCUUGUUUUGUUUUGCCCUUCCAUCCAUGUCAUCCUACCUCCAACAAGUCUGUGUUUUGUUACUGUAGACCUCCUGAUUUUUUUUUUUUUAAAGUGCCUUUUCUGUCUAAUGUGAAGAGACCUUUUCAUCUAACUUUCCAAACAUUAUUCAACCUCGCAGGCACAAUCAGCAGUAGUUUCCCCUGUCAGUCUUGUUGUCAACAGUUUGUUUUUCUUUUGGAUGGAUAUGAUAAUGUGACAUGUUACACUGAAUAAUGUUGAAUAAAAAUCCUGGUUUACAAAGCA